AUGAUGCUGAGUCAGGAAGUACUCAAGAAGUGUCGUGUACUACCUCAAUACAUUAAUCCGCUAGCAGCACAAAAUCUUCUACCUCAGAAAAUAGACAGACACGGGGACGUAGCAUCGAUUCCAGAAACACCACAAUCCUCACAACCGGAUCUUAAGAAAGUCAACUGUGAAUUCCACUAUGAGGCAAAUAUUGCUCUAGAAAACCCACAGCUCAAUGUCGCAGCAUGGAGAAAAAUCAAGAAACGAAGAAAGGAACUCGAUGAUGGAAACAAUACAUCGGGAAAUGACGAAUGGAGAGAUUUACGAACUGAACACGGCGUAGCUUGA